AUGGUGACACGAUCGAGGCUCGUGCGAGUGCUGCAAUCGCCCGGCCGGCGAAUGGGCGCAAUUGGCGGUGCCAGACUUGCGCCCUGCCAUGCAAUUUCGCCAGCUCGAUGCUUUGCGACUUCGGUCCCGAGAUUGUUGUCUCAAUCACAGGCGGUCCAGCACCUUGCCAAGCUCACGUCCGAGACGUAUCCGGGACUGACGAGAGACGCCAAAUAUGCGUCACUGACGGCGGAUGAUGUAGCUUACUUCAAAGACCUGCUUGGAGGCGAGCAGGCCGUGAUCGAUGGCACCACUGGCAGCGCAGAGGACGAUCUCAAGCCCUUCAACGAGGAUUGGAUGCACAAGUACCGAGGUCAAGGCCGUCUCGUGCUCAAGCCAGGAUCGACCGAGGAUGUCAGCCAGAUCCUCAAGUACUGCAACGAAAGGAAGCUGGCGGUGGUGCCGCAGGGAGGCAACACGGGACUUGUUGGGGGCUCUGUGCCUAUUUUCGACGAGAUCAUCAUCAACAUGAGCCGCAUGAACCAGAUCCAUUCCUUCGACGAGGUCAGCGGCUCACUUGUGUUGGAUGCUGGAUGCAUUUUGGAGGUGGCCGAUCAGUACCUCGCUGAAAGGGGAUACAUCUUUCCCCUCGACCUAGGAGCUAAGGGAUCGUGCCAUGUGGGUGGUACAGUUGCCACCAAUGCUGGAGGCCUGAGGCUGUUGCGCUACGGCAGCUUGCACGGAAACGUCUUGGGCAUGGAGGCCGUGCUGCCAGAUGGCACGGUCAUGAACGACCUGUGUGCUCUGCGCAAGAACAACACGGGCUACGACCUGAAGCAGCUGUUCAUCGGUGGUGAGGGAACCAUUGGUAUCAUCACCAAGCUGGUCAUCCAGUGCCCGCAGCGCUCUGCCGCCGUCAACGUGGCCUACUUUGGCUUGGAGUCGUAUGAGAAGGCACAGCUUGCGUUCCGGGAGGCCAAGAAGCAGUUGGGGGAGAUCCUUUCUGCCUUUGAGCUGAUGGAUUCUCGGACCCAGCAGAUUGUUCACAAGAUCAAGGGUGAAGAGAGGCCUCUUGAGGGCGAACACCCCUUCUACUGUCUUAUCGAGACCAGCGGCUCCAACGGCGACCAUGACUACGAGAAGCUAGAAAAGUUCCUCGAGGACGUGCUGACCAAGGAAAUCGUGGUCGAUGGCGUCGUGGCCCAAGGCGAGGGGCAGGCCAAGGCACUGUGGAGCUGGCGCGAGAGCAUCACCGAGUGCAUUGGCCACGGCGGCGGGGUGUACAAGUAUGAUGUCUCGAUCCCACUGGCCGAGAUGUACUCGCUUGUCGAGGAUGUCAAGGCGCGCAUGGGGGAGGCUGGCCUAAUCGGCGAAACCGAGGAGCACCCGGUAAGCGCAGUUGUGGGCUACGGCCAUAUGGGUGACUCUAACCUGCAUCUCAAUGUGGCCGUAAGACGGUAUGACGCCAAGGUCGAGGAGGCUCUAGAGCCCUUUGUGUACGAAUGGAUCGAGAAGCGUAAUGGUAGCAUCAGCGCCGAGCAUGGGCUGGGGCUGGCCAAGAAGAAGUACGUGCAGUACAGCCGGAACGAGACUGUGAUUGGCCUGAUGAAGCAGAUUAAGAAGCUCUAUGAUCCGUGCAGCAAUGAGCGUCCAUUCUGCCAGAACUGCAUCAGCAGCGGCAGAACUUGCGAGGGCUAUGAGAGAGAACGAGUUUUCAUCACUGGUACGCCAGAGACCAAAGGCCGUGUAGCUUCGCAUCCAAAGAAGACGACACCUUCCAAGAAGCCAAAGGCCAGCCCUAGCCCCAGCGUCAAGGCUUCAGACGAGCCUGGCAGCAGCAGCAGCAGCAUCUUCAGCGGUUCUCAACUCUUCCAACCCCUGGCACCACUUACCUCUGCGUGGGACGACUACGUUCGAUUGACACCCGGGGGCCAAGGGGGAACCGGUUUCCCAGCCCUCGUCACCGCGCUCCAGACGAAUUUGCAAAGCGUGGCGAGACUCGAGGGGGCUGUCGGUGGUGAAGGCGGCGGUGAUGGAUCCGCCGCGGGACUUUUGAGUGCUAUACAGUUUCCUCCCUACGCGGCGGCUGAGUUGCUGCCGGUGGCGGACGAUGCCUUCGGUAUGAAUGCGCAAUGUUUUGUGCGCCAAAAGGCCACUAAUUCUGAGCAUGACUCGACAGAGAGCUACUGCGCGUUUCUAUUCGAGAUGAGCAUUGCUCUCCUGAGCAGACGAGAUACCUUUUUGAGAGCACCGGAAUGGACCACGAUACCAUGGGACCAACAUCCAAAGUCUGCCCUCGACCAGCUGUUUGACAUCAUACUUCAGCUUCCCGCCAUCUUCGAGCAGAUGGAUCGAAUCAUCCACCUCCAGGCAACGCUUGCCCGCCGAACACAAGCCCAGGAGCUUUUGCAUCAUUGUCUGGUUGUCGAAGCGCAGUUCCGCCAAUGGCUGCAGGAGGCCUACAGAGGAACGGAAGAGCACCCGUACCCAUUCUGGGCCGAGGAGCUCAGGAGCCCUGGCGGCGCCAUCCCCUUUGCGAAUGCAUAUACCUUCAAGGAUGGAGUCACUGGCUUGAUGUUCGUCUAUUACUGGAUGGCCAUGAUUCCAUUCCACCGCUGCAUCGAACACAUUCACAUGGCCAUUUUCCAGCCGGUUGUUGACGCCUAUCCCAAUAUGUGGCCGGAACUGCCGCCCAACCUGCAAAUCGACCCAGCGCAUUACCAAGACGGACGAGAGCUGGCCGCCAACAUCUGCAGGGGACUGGAUUCAGCGCUCAAUUCGACCGUCCAGCCGGACUUGCUCCUGGGGCCGAUGACGGUUGCCAUGGACUUUUACCGAGACGUCAACGCCGCGUCACAGGAUGGCGUGCUUGAGAUUCUGUGGCUGGACGGCUUCAAGAAGCGGCUGUGGGCAAAGGCGCAGGCCGUGACGAGUGUUUUGCAAGCCCACAAAUGGUCUGAAGUGGCCAAAUUCUAA